UCUCCACCCUCAACAAAUACUCAGAGAGGAAGAAGACAUCAUCAACAAGAUAUGUAAAACUUUACCUGAGCUGUCAUUUGGAUUGUUCUUUCCAGGAAGAAGGAUGAAAUUAACUCCAGGGAGGCACAAAUUAUGUAUAUUUUUGUUCACGAUACUCUUAUCAGAAGGAUAUUUUCGAUGGGUUGAGGCCCAGCACUGUGUGUGGUAUGGAGAGUGUGGAGACUCAAAGAUUCCUGGAAAAAAGUACAACUGUAACUACACGGGCCCCCCUCUGCCUCUAAUGCCUGAUAGUUAUGAGCUUCUAACGGAGCUUUGUCCCGGGUUUGAUUAUGGGAACCGUAGUCUCUGCUGCGAUGCUGCUCAGCUGCGCACACUCAAAGGAAGUCUCCAGGUGCCUCUGCAGCUUCUGUCUCGGUGUCCCUCCUGUUUCUUCAACCUGAUGAACCUGUUCUGUGAGCUGACCUGCAGCCCCGAUCAGAGUCAGUUUAUGAACAGCACCAAGUUUAGUGGCCCCAAUGUGGUAGAAGUUCAGUAUUAUGUUGGAAAAACCUUCGCUAAUGCGAUGUACAACGCCUGCCAGGACGUCCAGCUACCUUCCACCAACAUGAAAGCCUUAUCGAUACUUUGUGGCAAGGAUGCAAAGGACUGCAAUGCCACUAACUGGAUCCAGUACAUGUUCAGUGAUGAAAACGGGCAGGCUCCAUUUAAUAUUGUCCCAAUAUUCUCAGAUGUGGAGGUGUCUGGUUACACGCCCAUGAACAACAAGACGUACGCCUGCACCGAGGGCUUGGAGGACGGUUCUGGUCCCUGUUCCUGUCAGGACUGUGUCAACGCCUGUGGUCCCAAACCCGUCCCUCCUUCUCCCACUCCUCCCUGGACAGUCUUCGGUGUGGAUGCCAUGUACUUCAUCAUGUGGGCUUCCUACUCUGUCUUCUUGCUGAUCUUUGUUGGAGUGGUGCUGGGAACCUGGUGUUACAGGAAAAGAACGAUCAUGUCGGAGUACGCCCCCAUUUUGGACAGUAAUAGUCCCCUGUCCCUCAACAGUGAUGAUCCUAGCCAGGUACAUGCCACCUGCUGUGAGACGCUGGGGGAACGCUUUGAGAAUCUUCUGCGAGUGCUCUUCAGCUGCUGGGGCUCCUUCUGUGUUCGCCAUCCUCUAUCGGUGAUCCUGGGCUGCCUGGUUCUGGUGACCGCCGCCUCCGUGGGUCUGGUCUACAUGCGUAUCACCACGGAUCCAGUCGAGCUUUGGUCCUCCCCCUCGAGCCAGGCUCGGCAGGAGAAGGACUAUUUCGAUGAGCACUUCGGCCCUUUCUACAGAACCACUCAGCUCAUCAUAACCACUCCCAUCAACAAAACAUUUAUAUACAGUCCUUAUUUUGGAGGGGCAAACGUCCCAUUUAAAGCCAUCCUGUUUAAUGACAUCCUGCACCAGGUGCUGGAUCUGCAGCUUGCUAUCGAAGGCCUUGUAGCCACAGAUAAAGGGCAGAACGUGACUCUGCAGGACAUCUGCCUGGCUCCCCUCGCUCCCGACAACAACAACUGCACCAUCUUAAGCAUCCUCAACUAUUUCCAGAACAGCCACUCUGUGCUGGAUCACUCCGUAGGAGAUGAAUUUUAUGUUUAUGCUGACUACCACAGCCAUUUCCUCUACUGUGUCAGCGCACCAGCCUCUCUGAAUGACACCACCCUCCUCCAUGAUCCCUGUUUAGGAACCUUUGGAGGUCCCGUCUUCCCCUGGUUGGCCCUCGGUGGUUAUGAUGACACGAACUAUAACAACGCCACUGCCCUGGUCAUCACCUUUCCGCUCAAAAACUACCUGAACGAUUCCGACAAACUGGACAAAGUUCUUGCUUGGGAAAAAGAAUUCAUCAGCUUCAUGAAGAACUACUCCAAUCCCAACCUGACCAUAUCCUUCAAUACGGAGCGGAGCAUCGAAGAUGAGAUCAACCGAGAGAGCAACAGUGACAUCAGCACGAUUGUGGUCAGCUAUGUCAUCAUGUUCAUCUACAUCUCCCUGUCUCUGGGUCACAUCCAAAGCUUCAGCAGGCUAAUGGUGGACUCUAAGAUUUCUCUGGGGAUAGCAGGCAUCUUCAUAGUGCUGGCCUCGGUGUCCUCAUCGCUGGGAAUCUUUAGCUACGCCGGGAUCCCCCUAACGCUCAUCGUGAUCGAGGUCAUUCCCUUCCUCGUGCUGGCUGUUGGAGUCGACAACAUCUUUAUUAUAGUUCAGAUGUACCAGAGGGAUGAACGGUUGCCACAUGAAGAACUCCACCAACAGAUCGGUCGGAUUCUCGGGGACAUCGCUCCGAGCAUUCUUCUCUCCUCGUUCUCUGAGACGCUGGUCUUCUUUCUGGGUGCCUUGUCCAACAUGCCUGCAGUGAGGACAUUCUCCCUGUUUGCUGGCUUGGCCGUUUUUAUUGAUUUCCUGUUGCAGAUCAGCUGCUUUGUCAGUUUGCUCGGCAUGGAUGCCAAAAGACAGGAGGAGAACCGGCUAGACGUCUGCUGGUGUGUGAAGCUGCCUGAACGUUACGAAGUCAAGACGGAUGGCUUCCUCUUCCGGUUUUUCAAGAAAGUCUACGCUCCGUUCAUCCUGAAGGAGUGGGUUCGACCCGUCGUCGUGGCGGUGUUUGUGGGGAUGCUGUCUUUCAGCAUCGCUGUGGUGAAUAAAGUGGAAAUUGGACUGGACCAGAAGUUAUCCAUGCCGGAUGACUCGUAUGUUCUGGACUACUUCAAUAACCUGAGCGAGUAUCUCCACACCGGAGCUCCUGUGUACUUUGUAGUGGAGGACGGUCUGAACUACAGUAGCCUGGAGGGCCAGAAUUCUGUUUGUGGAGGAGUGGGCUGUGACAACAACUCUUUGGUUCAGCUGGUUUAUUCUGCAUCACUUAUCAGCAACUACACCACUAUUGCCAGCAAUCCCUCUUCCUGGCUGGAUGAUUACUUCGACUGGGUGAAGCCUCAGUCGACCUGCUGUCGCUACUACAACACCACCGGAGCCUUCUGCAACGCCUUAGUGGUGAACUCGUCCUGUGUGCCGUGUCGACCUCUGACUCCGAGUGGAAAACAGAGACCUGUAGGAGAGGACUUUAUGCAUUUUCUACCAAUGUUCUUGUCAGAUAAUCCUAAUGUCAAGUGUGGAAAAGGCGGUCACGCAGCUUACGCCACAGCCGUCGACCUUUAUCCCGACAACACGGGCGUCGGGGCCACUUACUUCAUGUCAUACCACUCUAUCCUAAAGGACUCCCCCGACUUUAUAAAGGCUUUGAAAAUGGCUCGAACCCUGGCCAACAACAUCAGCCAGUCUAUUGAUCACAAGGUUUUCGCAUACAGUGUCUUCUACGUGUUUUACGAGCAGUACCUCACCAUCGCCCACGACACGGCUCUGAACCUAGGCGUGUCACUGUUGGACAUCUUUGUGGUGACCACAGUGUUGCUGGGCUUCGAGUUGUGGUCAGCUGUGAUCGUCACCAUCACGAUCGCCAUGAUCCUGGUCAACAUGUUCGGCGUCAUGUGGCUUUGGGGCAUCAGCCUCAACGCAGUGUCUCUUGUGAACCUGGUCAUGAGCUGCGGGAUCUCGGUGGAGUUCUGCAGCCACAUUGUACGAGCGUUUUCCAUCAGUGUGAAGAAAAACAGAGUGGAGCGAGCUGAGGAGGCGCUGGCUCACAUGGGCAGCUCUGUGUUCAGUGGAAUCACGUUAACUAAGUUUGGAGGGAUAUUAAUCCUGGCUCUUUCCAAGUCGCAGAUCUUCCAGGUCUUUUACUUCCGGAUGUAUCUGGCCAUCGUGCUCCUCGGAGCGACGCACGGCCUCAUUUUCCUCCCAGUCCUACUAAGCUAUUUAGGUCCAUCGAUGAACAAAGCCAAGGUGUUUGCUGCCAACCAGCGUAACAUCGGUACAGAAAAAGAGCGCCUCCUCGGCUACAGGGCCAACUCUAUGGGUACCAACUAACUGUCCACGAGGGGCCGUGUGUGUGUGUGUGUGCGCGCGCGUGCGUCAGCCACAUGUGGAAUCAGUAACACACUCUUCAUCAUUGUCACUACUGUGCAUGGAUCUAACUCAGGAAUAUACGCGGAAACAAGAGUGCCAGCAGCUUUUGAUUUGUCCACUAAAGACUCAGACCAGCCCUCCUCAUCCUCUUCCUCAUACUACAGGGCAAGCAAGACUUUAGCAUCUGAACAGACACUCGGACAAGGGUCCUGGGACAAGAGAAACGAUGGCAGAGUGGUUGUUUUGAGAAAGUAUUAAAAGGGUAAAACUGGUCAGCUUUAACAUAAAAGUGAAGACCAGAAAAAAAGUUCGAUAUUAAGAGUGAAACAAAUGGAACCUGACGGACCUGAAAAUCUCACAACCGUCCUCAUUAAAUCAUAACUAAGUACAGUUCUCCAUCAGGAUGUUUUGACUGUUAAACAAGAAAAAAGAAAUCAAACGAGUGUCUUUUAGUGGAGACCAAAUUUUUCAGCAAAACAAGAUGAUUUAUAUAAAUGUUCUUUUUAAAGUUACUUUACAUCACCAUCAAAUGCUGCUUCUUGCAUCAGUUCCCAAGUAUUCUGAUUUUAUUUUAGUUCCAUGUUGAAGGCUGAUCCAGAAUUUUCAAGUGUCCUUCCUGAAGCGUUCGGCCACUUUUAACCGUCGAGAUGCAUCUUGGUGUUUGAUCUAAACGGUUUCUGGUGCUUAAAACGGUUUUGUAUUGAUCUGAGACAUUUUAUAGUUACUGAACAAGGGAUUUGUAGCAUCAGCAGGUGGAACAAAGAAGCUGACAUAGGACUAAUUAUUUCAUUCCACAGUUUAAAAAAAGUGUAAUUUAUUAUAUAAUGUCAGAGUUCUGAGAUUUUCAUUCUUUUUUUUUUCUUUGAGCAUUUUAGCUGUUUAAACUUGUGUGUGUUGUCUUUAAACUGCCUCAGAAGUCCCUUUAAAGAAUCGUGCAGUUAGCUAUUUUACCCUUUUAUUCUACCUACUUGUUACUUUUAUGUCUGAGAUUUCCCCCCUUGUGUGUCCUGCAUUAACCAUGAACCAUUCCUUUUUGGUUUUUAGAUAAAUUCAUUAUUUCAUGAAUGUAUAAAAAUUGUUGUGAAAUAAGGAUUAAACAUGAACUUUCAAAGAAAAGCUAACGUUACAUUACCCUGGUUGUGGAUUGUAGUGAAAAACACAUUUUGUAAGAUUUGGAGAGCUUUAGUUUUUACUGAUUUGAACAAAUAUUAAAAGUACUCACAAAGUGA